GUUGCUUCAUUGCAGCAUCAGAGGAGUUUAUUUGUGUGCAUAUUCUCAACGUCAUCGUCAUGUCUGGACGCGGAAAGCAAGGAGGAAAAGCUCGGGCAAAGGCCAAGACUCGCUCUUCUCGUGCCGGGCUCCAGUUCCCCGUGGGUCGUGUGCACCGUCUUCUGCGCAAAGGGAAUUACGCAGAGCGCGUCGGAGCCGGAGCGCCCGUCUACUUGGCUGCUGUGCUGGAGUACCUGACUGCUGAGAUCCUGGAGUUGGCCGGAAACGCUGCCCGGGACAACAAGAAGACCAGGAUCAUCCCUCGCCACUUGCAGCUCGCCAUCCGCAACGACGAGGAGCUGAACAAGCUCCUGGGCAGAGUCACCAUUGCUCAAGGCGGAGUGUUGCCUAACAUCCAGGCUGUGCUUCUUCCCAAGAAAACCGAGAGCCACAAGGCCAAAGGAAAAUAAAGCAACAAGAAGAAACAAGACAGGUGCUAAAAACUAAAAAAUCCCA